CACCCAGCGAGCACAUUGGUGCCACCACCCGACCCGACCCAACCCCUGAUCCGUCUCCGCGCUCCUUCACACGGUCUCUCCGUCAUGUCCGCUGUCAGCGCCCGUCUAGAGUUCUUCUCGUCGCUCGGCAAUGCCCAGCCUGGAAGCAAUGCCCAGCCUGGAAGCAAGCCAGUCCAGUCCAACUUCUCUCUUCCCCAGAAAGCCCCGUCCCUCGCGACAGCUCCACGAGACGCUCCAGUCCAGGCACAGGCCACCCAGAAGCAGGACUCUGUCUCCAAUGUCUUUGUUCCGGUCAAGGACCGCAUCAAAAAAUAUGCCAACGAGCACUCGUCGCAAACACCCCGGCUGCCCAGCCAGCCCGACGCUGUCAAGCACGGCGGCUCCCCCAAGGCAAAGUCCGGCAGUGCCAGCCUGGACAACAGCGCCGACGAUAUCAGCAAGUCUCCCGUCAGUCCCCACAGCACGGCUUCCGACGCCGAGUCUCCACAGUCUCGCCAGCCAGCCGAGCCGGUUGAAGAGGGUCGCCGCCUCUCCUAUGCCCAGGUCGCUGCCCACGAGCCCCGACGCUCGUCGCUCAGCAACAUCUCUCCGCAGACCGGUGUCGUCGUCAAGAGCCUUGCCCAGAAUACGGGCUCGGCCUCACCUUCUCGCGGAGGCAACAAGUGCGAAGUGUGCCAGAAGACAGUGUAUAUGCUUGAGCAGACCACUCUCGACAACAAGGUCUUCCACAAAACCUGUCUCAAGUGCGCGCACUGCCAUAACACCCUGAAGCUGGGCAACCUCGCUGCAAUGGACGGAAAGUACUACUGCAAACCUCACUUUAAGCAGCUCUUCAAGCUCAAGGGCAACUACAGCGAGGGCUUCGGGAUGGAGGAGCCAAAGCGAAAAUGGGCUAGUGAGCACGCCAACCAACAGGGCACAGCCUGAAAGUGCUGUCG